ACUCUGGAAAUAUCAAUAGGCUUGCCGAGCAUUUAAUCCCUGUAUGAUAUCCUGAAAAUGGGUGUUGCUGUGUGACCGUGUCAGACUGAACAGGCGUGGCAGUGGGCUGGUCCACGACGCAGUCGGCGAUGAAAAGCUUCAUGGGGCUACUCACUUGCCAUCUUACACUCUGACAAAGAAACGUCGCAAACACAUUUUGCAGCUGACCACGUCUGCCUGCUUUGACGGCGAGAGUCGUGACUUGGUGUUUUGCAGCCAAACAGUGGACGCGGCACUGAGUUGACUUUGACCAAACCGUGGUUGUAACGCACCAACUCUGAAAGAUGAGCAAGUCUCCGACCUCAAUGGAAACCCCGGUGCAACGGAGCCCCAGCAAUGGGGUCCCUGAAAGCCUCCAGUCUCCUCAGCAUUCAACUCCUGGCUCUGAACCGCAAUUUAAGAAACACAUCUCCAGCCUUCUUCAGAGUCCGUCAUUCAAGGAGGAGCUGGACACGCUUAUCCAGGAACAGAUGAAGAAGGGUGGUAGCUCUUCAAACCUUUGGGCACUCAGGCAAUUGGCUGACUACAUGGCCUUGCACGGCUCACCUGCAACCCUACCAGUCUCCCCAUCUAACAUGAUGAUGGUAACACCCAUUAAUGACCUCCAAGGCUGGGAUCCUGGCAGCAUGGUCAAAGGGGAGCGGCUAAUGCGCUGCAAGCUUGCCAGCGUGCAUCGUCUUUUUGAUCUCUAUGGAUGGGCUCAGAUCAGUCACACCUGUCUCACUCUGCGUGUUAGCAAAGAACAGGAACACUUCUUGGUGCUACCAGAUGGCCUAGCCUGCAGCGAGGUUACUGGAUCAAGCCUGGUAAAGGUGAAUAUCUUGGGUGAAAUGGUGGAGAAGGGCAGUACAAACCUUGUUGUGGACUCAGAGAAGUUUAGCCUGCACUCAGCCAUCUAUUCGGCCCGACCAGAUGCCCGCUGCCUACUUCACCUCCACACACCGGCCACAGCAGCAGUCUCAGCUAUGAAAUGUGGCCUGCUGCCAUUGUCCCAUGAAGCCUUGCUGGUCGGGGAUGUGGCCUAUUAUGAAUACAACGGAGUAAUGGAGGUGGAGGAAGACCGUGUGGAGCUUCAGAAGAGCCUUGGACCCACUUGUAAGGUACUGGUGCUUAGAAAUCAUGGCAUAGUGGCCCUGGGGGAGUCUGUGGAGGAGGCCUUCUAUGCAAUCUACCACAUUCAAGCUGCCUGUCAAAUCCAGGUUUCAGCGUUGUGUAGUGCCGGCGGUGAACAGAACCUGAUCUUACUUGACCGGACCACCCAUAAACCCAAUCACGCUGGCACAGUGGGGUGGGCGGGCUCUACCUUUGGCCCAAUGCAAAAGAGCCGCAUUGGAGAACAUGAGUUUGAAGCCCUCAUGAGAACUCUCGAUAAUUUGGGUUACCGUACAGGUUAUGCCUACCGAUUCCCUUUGCUGCUGGAAAGAUCACGGUCACAAACACGAAAGGAUAUAGAGGUUCCUGCAACCGCCACAGCCUUUCAUCAGUUCAACGAUGAUGGAGUUCCUUUGGGUCUCAAGCAGCACCCUUUUACCCAUCGCCAGCAGCAGGAGAGAACUCGAUGGCUCAACACUCCCAAUACCUACCAAAAAGUCAGCCAGGAGCAAGCCAGUCCUGGACACCAGCGCAGUACUUGGAUGAAAACAGAAGAAGUGACACAAGCUGGUAGUACAGCGAUCAAGAUAGAAACCCCAAACCAGUUUGUGCCUCUUUUUACUAACCCUCGGGAAGUGAUUGAGACACGAAACAAGAUUCGACAGCAGAAUCGUCAAGACAUGAAAACAGCAGGACCACAGUCUCAGGUCCUCGCCAGUGUGGUAACAGUUGAUAGUCCCCCGUCACCAGUCACCGCACCCCAAGUACCACCAGAGCCUGAAAGUCCCAACCCCUUUAAUCAGCUCACAGACCAGGAGCUAGAGGACUACCGCAUGGAAGUGCAAAAGAAACAAGAUAUCGGGACCAACGGGCCGGAGGUGACAAAUGACACUUCCCCUACUUCCUCCCCCACAAAGGGCCCUCUGCCCAAUCACCCCACUCUUCCAGGAGACACAAAGACGGACUGCCCGGUCAUACAGAACGGAGGUGAAGAGGAGAAGCAAGCUGAAGAACUAGAAAAAGGGAUGAAGGCGCUUUCUACCAACGAAUCCUCAACCCCUGCUGCUCUGCCUACCAAACCGCAGGAUGGCACACCAGAAGGUUCGCCAUCCAAGUCCCCGUCCAAGAAGAAGAAGAAGUUUAAGCCACCAUCAUUCCUGAAAAAGAGCAAGAAGCAGAAGGAAAAAGUUGAAACUUGAGUUGCAUACCAUCUAACCUUGAUGAAAUAUUGCUGUGAAAUAUUUCUUUGUACACACAGUGCAGUAACACGGGUGGCGUUCACUGCAGGGCUUUCCAAACACAGUCAGUAACAAACCCAUUUUCAAAAAUGACAGUUUUAUUGACUGUGGUCACUCUUUUGCUCUUUCAAAAAAACAUUAUAAUAAUCUGGGUCAGCUCCAAGGCACUACCACUGCUAC